CCGGCUGUGUCCCCGAGCGUGUGUGCCAGGGUGCGAGCGGCGCCCCGGGCUCCUCCGGAGGAUGGAGCGUGGGGAUGAUGCCCCGCCGGCCCCCCCCAGGACCGGCCCCGGGGGCGGCGCCCGGCCCCUGCCGCCCCUGCUGCCGCUGCUGCCCCUGCUGCUGCUCUUCGCCUCGGGGGUCCGGGGCUCCCCGGAUCCGCCCACCGCCGGAGGAGGAGGAGGAAGAGGGGGCGCGGGGUCCCCCCGCUCCAGGGUCCCGCUGCUCAGCACCUCCUUCGUCCUCAAAGGGGACGCCACCCACAACCAGGCCAUGGUCCACUGGACGGGACACAACAGCAGCGUGAUUUUGAUCCUUACCAAGUAUUAUCACGCCGAUAUGGGGAAGGUCCUGGAGAGUUCUCUGUGGAGGUCAUCGGACUAUGGGACAUCGUACACCAAACUGAAUCUGCAGCCCGGGACCGCAGCCGUCAUCGACAAUUUCUAUAUCUGUCCCACGAACAAAAGGAAGAUCAUCCUUGUCAGUUCUUCUCUGAACGAACGGGAUCAGAGCCUCUUUCUGAGCACGGAUGAAGGGGCGAGCUUUCAGAAGCAGCUCAUCACGUUCUUCGUGGAAACUUUGAUCUUCCAUCCAAAAGAGGAGGAUAAAGUCCUGGCCUUUACCAAGGAGAAUAAGCUUUACGUAUCCACCGACCUGGGAAAAAAAUGGAGUCUUCUUCAAGAACAUGUGACCAAAGACCAUGUGUUUUGGGCGGUGGCUGGGGUGGAUGAAGACCCGGAUUUGGUUCACUUGGAGAUCGAGGAGCCAAGUGGAGGUUUCCGCUACGUCACCUGUCCGAUUCUGAAUUGCUCCGAAAAAACAGUGACCGCCACGUUUUCCGAAGACAUUGACCACGGAUCCCUAACUGUGCAGGAUGACUACAUAUUCUUUAAGGCAACGUCAGCCAAUCGGACCAAAUACUACGUAUCUUACCGCCGCAACGAAUUUGUCUUGAUGAAGCUGCCUAAGUAUGCUUUGCCCAAGGAUGUGCAGAUCAUCAGUACCGACGAGAGCCAAGUGUUCGUGGCCGUUCGGGAAUGGUAUCAGACGGAGACGUACAACCUCUACCAAUCGGAUCCCCAGGGCGUCUACUAUGCGAUCGUGCUGGAGGACGUCCGGAGCGCCAAACAGCCCGAGGAGAAUGUCCUGAUCGAUAUUCUCGAGGUCAGAGGUGUGAAAGGAGUUUUUCUGGCCAACCAGAAGAUUGAUGGCAAGGUGACAACGCUCAUCACUUACAACAAAGGCCGGAACUGGGACCGUCUCAGAGCCCCCCUCACGGACAUGAACGGGAAACCCACCAACUGCAAGCCGCCGGACUGCCACCUGCAUCUCCACCUCCGCUGGGCUGAUAAUCCAUAUGUGUCCGGAACAGUUCACACCAAGGACACCGCCCCGGGCCUCAUCAUGGGAGCAGGUAACCUGGGUUCUCAGCUGGUGGAGUAUAAAGAAGAAAUGUACAUCACCUCCGACUGCGGAAAUAGCUGGAGACAGGUGUUCGAAGAAGAACAUCACAUCCUGUACCUGGACCACGGCGGGGUGAUUGUGGCCAUCAAGGACACCUCUAUCCCUCUGAAAAUACUCAAGUUCAGCAUCGACGAAGGCUACUCGUGGAGCACACACAAUUUCAGCAGCACCUCGGUCUUUGUGGACGGACUCCUGAGCGAACCAGGAGAUGAGAACUUAGUCAUGACGGUCUUUGGUCACAUAAGUUUCCGUUCGGACUGGGAGCUGGUCAAAGUGGAUUUCAGACCGACAUUCCCACGGGAGUGCAGUGAAGACGACUAUGAACCUUGGGAUCUCACAAACCUCCAGGGGGAACGUUGUAUCAUGGGACAGCAGAGGAGUUUUCGGAAGAGAAGAACCUCUUCGUGGUGCAUCAAGGGGAGAAGCUUCACGUCCGCCUUGACCUCCCGCGUGUGUGAGUGCGGAGCCUCCGACUUUCUCUGUGACUACGGAUUUGAACAUUCCACCUCUUCCAAACCGGAAUCCAACAAGUGUUUUGCAAACUUUUGGUUUAACCCCGAAUCUCCCCCUGAAGAGUGUGUUUUAGGAGAGGCUUACGCCAGCAGCACAGGCUAUCGCAAAGUGGUGUCCACCGUGUGCGAGGGAGGCGUGGAUUUGCAGCAAAAGUUGGCCCAGCACCAGUGUCCGAUGAUGGCCCCCAGAGGACUCCAGAUCAGCAUCAAGGGCGAGACCUUGGCCGUCAGACCCGGAGAAGACAUCCUAUUUGUUGUCCGGCAGGAGCAGGGAGACGUGCUCAACACCAAAUACCAGGUGGACCUGGGGGACGGGUUUAAAGCCAUCUACGUGAACCUCACCCUGGCCGGGGAGUCCGUCCGACACCGCUACGACAGCGCCGGCGUCUACAGGGUCUCCGUCCGAGCGGAGAACGUGGCCGGGCACGACGAGGCCGUGCUCUUCGUCCAAGUCAACUCUCCACUGCAGGCCCUGUACCUCGAAGCAGUUCCAGUCGUCGGGAGAAACCAAGAAGUGAACCUCACAGCUGUCUUGCUGCCCCAAAAUGCUAAUUUCACCGUGUACUACUGGUGGCUCGGAGAUAACCUGCAGCCCCUCCUCUCGUUGGAGAGCUUCCUGGUGACCAGCUUCUCGGAGUCCGGGGAGGUCAGAGUGACAGUACAGGCUUCCUGUGGAAACACCAUGCUCCAGGAUUCCAAAAUCAUCAGAGUUUUGGAUCAAUUCCAAGUCCUGCCUCUGACCUUCACCAAACACCUGGACAUGUACAACCCCAACAUCCCAGAGUGGAGAAAAGACAUCGGACAAGUCGUCUCCCGCCUUCUGUCGAAGGUAACGGGUAUUCCCGAAGAAUCUCUGGUGACUGUGGUGAAACCGGGUCUGCCCACCACAGCCAUCUUGCACGUGCUCCUUCCACCGCCCUCCCCCAAGAGGAAGCGGAGUGUACCCGCUGAUAAGAGAAUUGCAGCUAUCAAGCAAGCCUUGAAUUCGCACAACAUCACCUUUUUCCUGAGAGGAAAAUUCUGGGUCUUGGUCACAUUAAGCAACGCAGAUUCAGCUUCGCAGAGAAGCGGAGGCAGUGGCGGCUACUGGGCUAUCGUGGUUCUCUUUGUCAUCUCUGUUUUUGCUGCUGGUGCGUUCAUCCUCUACAAAUUCAAAAGGAAAGUCCCGGGCCGGACGGUGUAUGCCCAGAUGCACAACGAGAAGGAGCAGGAGAUGACGAGCCCGGUCAGCCCCAGUGAGGACACGCAGAACAUUAUCCAGGGUGAGGAGUUUAUUGAUGAUGAUCUGGACACUCAGACACUAGGGAACGCAAGAGGGGCCUCUUCUGAGAGAGAGGGACACUUGUCCAGUUCCAGAACCCCCUUAUUGCUGAUGCCAUUCAGUGUCCAGUCUCAGGCAAUCACUCAGGCGUGGUUCUGAGCAUAAACACCAGGGAGAUGCACAACUACCUGGUUAGCUGAUGUCCGUCGCCGGAAACCUGCGCGGAAGAGACUUCUCGAUUUUUUUUUUUUUUUCUCCCGGGGGAAGUCACUGAAUUUCAAACCUGGCCCUAAGUGGCGUGGACGGGAGGUUUCCGAAGACAGCCCAGGAGCGUGUUUUCUACCGUCUACCCCAGAAGAAGGAAAGCCCGCUGCCUUUUCACGUGUGGACUGAGCGUUUGACAUAACUUAGGAAGCAGAUCCUCAGCCCCAGGCCCUCCCCACUCCAUGUAUUCUAAUUUCUUUGUGUUCUCGUU